AUGAAAAUACUGAAAAAUGUGUAUUUUUUUUUUAUUUAUAUAUAUAAUAAUACAAAAUAUUAGUAAUUGAAAACUUUUAAAGAUAAUUUUUUAAUUUUAUUAUCUUUUAGUAAUUAAGAUUUCUUUUUAACUAUAUUUGAUAUUUUAAACGGAUUUAUUGCAUAUAAAUAAAAUUUUAAAUCAGUAUAAUCUAUAAUUCCUUCUUAAAAUUGUAUUCACAUAAUGCAUAUGACAUCUAAAGGUGAAAAAAAAAUAACUAAAUUAACUGAAAUUGAAAACACAUAUAAAAUAUAAUAUUUCUUCAACAGAUUUCUCUAUGAUAUUGCUUAUAAAUUCGUAAAAAAUUAAAGCCAAGAUUAAAAUUUAUUAGCUGAAAUAUGUCGUUUGCAUGCCGAUAAUAUAUACUAAAAAGGUGAUUACUAAUUAGCUAUAUAAAAAUAUAUUGAAACAAUUGGAUUUAUAGAACCAUCAUAUGUAGUUCGUAAAUUUUUAGAUGUUUCCUAAAUUGAAUAUUUGAUAAAAUAUUUAGAAGCCUUACAUUAAAAAAAGAAAAAUGAUAAACAUUAUACUGCCUUACUUUUAAAUUGUUACGUAAAAUAGAAAUUAAUAGAUAAACUUGACACUUUUUUGAAACAAAACUAAUAUGAUAGUGAACUUUUUGAUAUUGAUUUGGCAAUAAAAGUAUGUAGGGAAUCAAAAAAUAAUGACUUAGCUUUAACUUUGGCUGACCAAAAUAAUUUAAGUGAAUAAUAUUUGGAUAUUUUAAUGGAGUCCUUGAAUGAAAAUAAUACACUUAAGGCUAUUGAUUAUAUAAGAAGUAAAGUUGAUUUAUAGGAAAAGACUAAAUUUUUGUUAACUUUUGGAUAGAAAAUGAUGAAAUUAUGUCCCGAGAAGACUUUAGAAUUAAUUUAAAAUAUGGUAUUACUUUCUGCCAUUGGGUCAUAGUAAUAUUUACUAUAGGAAGAUCUAUAAAAUAAUAUUCCAUUAAAUGAUUUAAGUGUUUUGGAAUAUUUUGGGUUAGAAGAAAAAUCUUAUUAGGAAAUUCCUUUAGUAACUUUUAGAUAAGCAGAUGAGUUCUUUCAUGUUUUUUUAGGGACAAAAGAUUAAUAUUUGGAGAAUUAUUUGGAGUUUUUAACUUCUAAAGUAGAGAAAUUAUAAAAUGAGAAGGUUAUUUUUCAUAAGUUGUUUGAGUUUUAUUUAGAAAAAAAUAACUAGAGUGAAGAAUAUGUAAAUAAAAUUUUAAUGAUUUUAAAAAAUAAUAAAAAUGAUAAAAAAUAUGAUUAAAAUUAUUUAUUGGUUUUGUUUAAAAUGAAAAAAUUUGCUCCUGGAAUCAUUUUUUUAUAUUAAAUUAUGGGACUUAAGGAAGACUUACUAAAUUUCUAUAUUAAUAAUAAUGAAGGAGACAAAAUUAUUGAAAUGUGUAAAAAAGAAAUUAAUGAACCUAAUUUAUGGAUUUAAGCUUUAAAAUAUUUUACAUAAGAUGAAAUAUUUAAAAACAAAUAAGAUGAAGUCGAAAUUAAAUUAAAAGAAAUUCUUGAAAAUAUUGCUAAUUAAUCAAGUUUAUCUCCUCUUUUAGUUUUAAGUAUCCUUUAAGAUAGUAAGAAUGUUUAAUUUGGUACAAUAAAGAGUUAUUUUAAAAAAAAGUUAGAAGAAGAUUAUAAAAUAAUAUAAAAAGAUUAAGAAAUAAUAAAUAAAAAUAUAAAAGAAGUCCAAAAACAAAAAUAAGAAUAUGAACAAAUAAAAACAUAAGCAAGGAUUGUUACUAAUAAAAAAUGUUCUGAAUGUGAUACAGAAUUAAAUAAUCCUAAAAUUCAUUUUAUGUGUGGACAUUCUUUUCAUUUAGGAUGCUUACGUUCUGAUACUUAACAAAAGGGAUGUGAUAAAUGUAGUUUAGAAUUUAAAAAUGUUAUAGAAAGAAAAGAAUAGUUUAAUUAGUAAAGUAAAGAUCAUAAGGCUUUUUAUGAAAAUCUUACUUAAUAAAAUAAUAAAUUUGAGGUAAUUGCAGGGUUUUUAGGAAAAGGAUUAUUCGCUUAAUAUAAUGGUGGAAAUAAUUGA